CAUUUAAAAGAUAGCUUACAAGCGGUUGAUUCAGGAUUGGAAUUAAUUGACGAAAAGGAAAUCGAUUCUAGUGCAAGUAUCACAAGCAAGAGUGUCAAGUAUUGGUAUAUGAAAUUAAUUCUGACUAAAGCUGAGGUAUUGGAAUUAUUAGAAAGAUAUGAAUCAAGUUUGCAAUUAUACAAUUUAUUGAUUCAAAGGUUAGGAACUAAAGACAAGAAAAUCAUGGAUGGAAGAAGACGAGUGGAUAAGAUUGUUAACCCUGAAAAUCAUAUCAAAAAGCCACAACCACAAAGACCAAAGACUGGUUCUUCAGUACCAACUCCUUCUGCCACCCCUAAACCGGUACAGCAGGAAGAAGAAGUAGAUACGUUGGUUAAAGACAAGAUUGACACCAAGAUACAAGCCUGGGCCACCUCGAAACAAAAUAAUCUUCGUGCCAUGUUGACGAAUUUAGACGAGAUAAUCCCAGGCAAAAUCAAUAUGAAACCAGCAUUGAGAAAAUUAUCCUUGAAUGACUUAAUGUUACUGAAACAGGUUAAAAUUCAGUAUAUGAAAGUAAUUAGUUCCAUUCAUCCCGAUAAGCUAGCAUCACAAUGUAAAGGAGAUAAAGAAACCGAACUAAUCUGCAACGGUGUCUUCAUUACUUUGAACAAGCGUUGGGAAGCAUUUAGAAAGGAGGAAAAUAUAUAGAAAUCAUAGUAAAUAGACUAAUACAACCACUGUAUAUAUCACGUGUCUUGUGACAUUUGUGUAUCCAGUUUCACCAGAAUUGAUGUUUUCCAUUUAACUUUUCAAUACAUUGGCAGAACUUUCAAGGAAAAGUUAUCCAAUUAAAUGCCGGUAUUCUUGGAGCUUGUGAAAUUGGAAUAGACUGUGAAAUUUGGCAACAACACACU